AUGCUCCGACUUGCGCUGUGCGUUUUGCUUUUCUCCGGCACGCAGGUCGUCUUGUCUCUGGCCAGAUUACAGUUCAACUUUUCCGAAGUCCAGCAAUGUCAGCCAUUCACGUUCUCGCUCAAUGGACAGCUUCCAACGGAGGCACCGGUGGCGACAUCUCUUUCUAUCAUUCCGUUUGGAUCGAAUCCUGUCGUCAUCCCUAUCCCAAACGCUCAAGCCAUCUCUGGAGGCCUGUUCUCGAGUUUUGUCCCCUUCCCAGCCGGCACCAGAUUCGUCGCAGCGUUAGAAGAUGGUCAAGGAGCAACUAUGAUUAGAGUGUCAGAUGUGAUGGAGGUUCAACCGUCGCAGGUCGCAAACAGCGAUAGGUGUCUCGAUCCAGAUCCCAGUCCCACUCGACACUUCACUGUAGAAGAGAGCCCUUCCCAAUGCGGGCAGUUGGCGUUGGCAUACAAUGUCACUUCCAUCCCCCAAGCGCCUAGGGUUCGAGUCUACAGCCCUCUUGGAUUCUCCUUCUUCCUCAACCAGACGUCUGACGAUCCUUCCACUGGAACCGCGACAUACCUCAUGAGCGUUUCUCGAGGAAAGCAAGUGGUGUUGCUCGUUGACGGAGGAAACGGAAUUCGAGAAACUAGCGCGUUGUUGACAGUGGUCGGUAAUUCGUCGAGUCCUCAAGAAUGUCUCGGGGAAGAAGAUAGAGUGGAGGCAACCAUGGACAACAAUGCCACUGCAACUAAUGUCCCCACCAAGGCUAUCAUCAUUGGCAGUGCUGCAGGAGGGGGCGCCGUCGUACUCAUUGCCGUCGCGAUGUGCACAUUCAUCCUAUGCGAACGGAAAAAGAAGCGUAAAGUUCGCAAGGCGCGCGAUGAUUCAUUCGAUGGUACUCGCAUGCACCGUAGUAUGGACGAGAAGGCCCCCAUGCCUCCACCCACCUUCGUCAUUUCACCUGCCCCCGCGAUGACGUCUGCUAAGACCGCAGAAGGUCUGACUGUACCGACACGGAAUGUCGGUAACCGUACCGACAGCUUGUCGUCGUGGAUCCAGGUCACUCCGCUUGACCAACGCGUGCCGAUGUCGCAAGUUGGGAAGAAUUUCAGACACACUUCGCUUGCACCUUCGCUAGCCAUGUCGGAAAGCCGGAAUGUCAUGCCCCACCCGGUAGAUGAGCGUGAACGACUAUCCAUUAACUCGCUCGACAUUGAAGGCAUGCUCAACAUGGCCAGCAUGCAGUCCGAAUCAGCAGCUAGGAAGAGUUCUGUCAGCACCCUACCAUUCGGACCCGACCUUUCCUCAGCGUCACCCCCCAAGACUCGCGCUCUCACCGACAUCGACAUUGCAGCUCCACGAAGGACUUUGAAGGUCAAUUCAGAUAUCCCGGACGACCUGCAUUCGGCAUAUUCCAGGGAUUCUGUGAACCCUUUCAGCACUGUGUACGAUCCCAGUUCUCCUGCCUCUGCUGUCAGCCCUACCGGUCCUCGAAGUCCUCCAGAGGAACCAACUGCCGUUUCUAAGACAAGCGGCAACGGUCUUCCCUCCUCUCCACGAGAUGGGCGCGCAGCCCCCGGACGGAGCUCGAUAGCAGGAAGCGAUAGGAGCAGUUCUGACUGGUAUGGUGUUGGCAUCGCACGGUGAUAAAUCGUUUCGUUUGCAGACAUGGACAAUUACAUAUCCACAUUCCUUUCCUUCGCUAUUCUGUUCCAAUGAGCCCUCGCUCUUUUGUGUUUUUCGAUUGCUUCUCCAAGGACGAUCAGUGUAGCCAUAGUUCUUUUCGUUACGUUGACAGACAAGGGUACCAAUGUAGCGUUCGUUGCCUUGUUGGAAUUACAGAAGCGCCU